AUGCGAGUAAUAAUCUUGGGCUUUUCAGUGGACAUUCAAGAAAGUUCUCGUUCAUCGUGCCAUAUGAAUAGGUUGGCACAGCGCUCUCGGAGCCCAGUAGAGUUCAUGAGGUCGAGUGCAGCUCGCAGCCCGAUUCUCAAUCGGCCAUGCCCACGAGGGGUAAGGUCACGCCAGUUACGUAGCCCUGACGGGCUCCCUUCUGGUAGUCAACAACUAGAGCGAUCACGUGGAAGGCCGUCGAGUCGGUCUCGCAGCAGAUCGUCGAGCCGACUCCAUAUCAGGCAGCCGAGCCGGCGUCGCACCGGACAAUGCAGCGAAUCUCGAAGCAGGCAACUUUACCAUCUCCGUGUCCCCAGCCAUCGACAAGGUCGGUCACGUAGCCAUCAACGAGAACGAUUACGCAGUCGGGAACGAAGUCGUUCUCGCAGUACGCCACGCAGUCGGGAGUCAAGAAGAAGCGUUCGCACCCAGAAUUAUCCUAGUUGCCAUCGUGGAAGACUAUUGGACAAUGGUAGUCGAGCUGUAGAAUGUAUUCUUCAUGGCAUAGACGAUCGGUCAAUUAGAUUGGGUGCAGAGGCGGUUCAAUAUGAUAAUCCUGAUAAACUACUUGCGUAUCUUAGAAAUACCAGGAACAGUCGCACGAAUGAGCGUAAAAUUCCGAGGAAUCAAUUCAUGAAUAGAACUCAGGAGUCUUCAUUGAAACAAAUGAGCAAGGGACCACGCUGUUUUAAUUGUAAGCAAGAAGGGCAUACAGUAUCACAAUGUCCACAACCGGUUAAGAAAUGUGGCAAGUGUCAGAAAGUAGGUCAUGACGCAGAGCAGUGUUAUUCUAAAGGACCAUUGACAACGGAUAAGAAUGUUCUGCGCGUGACUAAUGAUAAACAACUUGGAGAAAAAUAUUUAAAAACGAUUGAAGUCAACGGGAUUCCUUACAGAGCGUUUCUGGAUUUUGGAAGCGAUUGUUGCAUGAUAAGGAUAUCGGAUUUUAUUAAAUCUCAUAACCAAUACGAAACUGAUGCUCUCCCGACUUUAAAAGGUUUCGGUAAUUCCAUUGUUAAUGUUUUGGGUAGACAGUUGGUAACGAUUAAAAUUGAUGAAGUAGAAGCUGAUGUAGAACUAUUUGUGGUACCAGAUGAAGCUAUGCAUGUACCAGUUAUGAUUGGCCAAACAUUUACAGAGCAACCUCAUAUUGUAGUCCAUAAAACAAGCGAUAAACUUGAACUUCUUCCGGCAUUUAAUUAUUCCAGUAAGCAUUACAAAAUUAAAUUGUUCUGUAAAUGUGAAACUUUAGUUUCAGGUACAUCAGUUAUUAGUGUCUAUACUGAGCCAUUAGUUACAGGUGACGUAUACAUAGAGGGAGGAUUAAGAUUAAUAAAAGAUACUGUCUUUUCCGUGUUAGCAGGUCUGUUUUCCAUUAAUGAUAACGGAGAAGGAGAGCUAUUGGUUAGUAUUGCAUCAGGUAAGGAAAUCACUAUAAACAAGGACUAUUUAUUAGCCCGAGGAUAUAUGACAGAAGAAUAUAAGGAUACUGUAGAUUCAAAGGUGAUAGCGGUUAAUAAUGUAACUCAAGGUCUAUAUCAACCGAUAAGAAUGGACGAGGUUAAAACCGGACCUAAUAUUUCUUCUGAGGAGAAGGAGAAACUUCUAUUGCUUUUAAACAACUUUAGAAAUUGUUUCGCAGCGAGUUUGGCAGAAUUAGAAGCUCUAUUUGGGGUAAGACCUACGGGAUCCACUGAAAGUAAAAUAAUACACGAUUUGGACAAGAACAGAGCUAAUAUAAGGGAUGAAAUUAACACUCAUAUUGAAGCAUGCCAACAGAAUCAAAAGGAAUCAUUCGAUAAGCACCGUUGUAUCCCUCCGAAAUAUAAUAUAGGGGAUUUGGUAAGAGUGGAACGCCAAGUACCUGCAACAGGACAGAGCAAAAAACUUGUGCCUAAGUUUCAGGGACCUUAUAGAAUCGCAUCUAUUUUAGACCAUGAUCGCUUUGCCAUAGAAGACACGCCAUUGACUUCAAAGAGAGGAAGAAGCUUCUCGACUAUCGUAGCUAUUGAUAAAAUCAAACCAUGGCUUAAUUUCAAUAGACCACACGUGAGUGGGACAUACUCCAGUGAAUCUGACGAUGAGGAAUCUCGUGAG